UUGACAAUGACCUUAAACGACGGAAACAUUACUUUUAUUCCCAAUGAAUUGUUUAAUUUCCCUAAACUAUCGUCACUUGAUAUUUCUCAUAAUAAAAUAAACAGUGUUAAUCUGUUAUUAAGCCUAAAAAUGGAAAACUUAAUAAUUUUCAAUGCAUCUUUCAACAUGAUUUCAGAAUUGGAAAAAGUUUCAUUUGAAAAUUAUAAAAUUGGCUCAAAUAUAACUGUCAUAGAUCUUAGUCAUAAUGCUAUCAAAAUCUUACCUGACAAUUAUUUCAGUAAAUUUUCUAAUUUACUUCAUUUAAACAUGUCAUACAACAAAAUCAACAGUUUUACCGUACUAACUUUUGAAGGUCUGGCUCAAUUAGAAACGCUUUAUCUAUCCUACAACAAUAUAAAAAUAAUUGAUAUAAAUUUAGCUCGAUUUUCAAAUCUACAAGAGCUGACAUUAGAUAACAAUGAUUUGUCUUCUUUAGAAGAGAACAAUUUCAAAAUGUUGACAAGUCUCAAAAAAUUAAAUUUAAGCUUCAACAAAAUUUUCUUCAUCGAAGACUUUAGUUUUCGGAAAAUGAUAAAUCUUCAGAAUCUCCAAUUAAAUAGUAACAACUUAACAACUAUUUCUACAUCAAUGUUUAUUGAUAAUGCGGCGCUUCAACAAGUAGAUCUAUCUAAUAAUCAAAUUCAUACAAUUGAUCCCUUUUCUUUCAGAGGAACUAACAUAACUCUCUGUAAUUUUAGAAAUAAUGCUUUAACAAUUUUGAAUGAGAAAUCUAUUUUUUGUGGCAUUACGGUAAAAGAACUUGAUUUAAGUGUCAGCAAUAUUAGCACACUUGGAAAAUACUUAUUUUUUGAGUUACACUCCGAGCUACUGAAGCUUAAUUUAAGUUUUAAUUGUAUUACACAUGUGCAUGAAAAUACUUUCCGUAAUUUGACAUUGUUGGCUGAGCUAGACUUAUCUAACAACAAAUUGCUAGAUUUAGAUUUUAACUUGAGUGAUCUAAAAAGAUUGAAAUCUUUUAACGUCGAGAAUAAUCAAAUAGGUAAAAUAACCAAGACCACCUUUCGAGGCCUGAAAUCUUUGUUGGAAGUGAAUUUUUCGAAAAACUCUAUAGAAGAGAUCGAAAUAUUUUCGUUUCGUGACCUCGAAGCAGUACAAAUAUUAGACUUAAGUAACAAUAAUCUUCCGGGAGUUGUAGCUCCUUACACAUUUCAAGGAUUGAUUUUUACCUUCGAAUUACGUCUUAUGUAUUCUAAGCUCACUUCCUUGCAAGACGCAGCAUUUUUUGGAAUGCUAGGUCUUACCUUCUUAAACGCGUCUUAUAGCGAUAUUAAGGUUUUAGGAUAUGAUGUUUUCAAUGGCACUACUAUCUGGACUCUAGAUCUAUCUCAUAAUCUUUUAGAAAUGUUUAGAGUUAAUAAUAGUUAUCUGAAACACGUGAUGGAAAUAUAUCUCAACGACAAUAAGAUUGAAAACAUAUCAAACGAAACGUUCCAUGGGCUAACCAAUUUAAAGAAAAUACAUGGGUCAAUUUUCAAAUAG